AUGUCUGAAAGGCCGACUCAGGUCAAGUCUGAGGCCGCAGUGAAGCUGGAGGACUGCAGUCAAACACUGGAGCUGAAUGUCAACAUUAAAGAUGAAGAAGAAGAGGAGAAGAUUGGGACAUCUGUUUCUCAUGGAGACCAUGUUGAGAUAUUCUCUACAUCCGGAGAAAAACAGCAGGAAGAUCACAGAGCUAAGAGGUCUCACCACUGCCCACAUUGUGAGGAGRUUUUCCCAUUUCUAUCAAAGCUAAAAAUACACCUAAAAAUACACACAGGAGAGAAUCCGUAUUCCUGCACUGACUGUGGAAAGAGAUUCACAACAUCACAAUCUCUGACAGUUCAUCAGAGAGUGCACACUGGAGAGAAGCCUUACUCCUGCUCUGCGUGUGGGAAGAGGUUCUCUCAACAGAUCCACUUACAAACACACCAACAUGUACAUACAGGGGUGAAGCCUUACUCCUGCUCUGAGUGUGGGAAGAGGUUCUCUCAACAGUUCCACUUACAAACACACCAACAUGUACAUACAGGAGUGAAGCCUUACUCCUGCUCUGACUGUGGGAAGACUUUCUCCCGAUUGGAUACCUUAAAAACACAUGAACGUAUACAUACAGGAAAUAAUCCGUAUACCUGUACUGACUGUGGGAAGACUUUCUCCCGAUUGGAUACCUUUAAAAUACAUGAACGUAUACAUACAGGAGAGAAUCCAUAUUCCUGUACUGACUGCGGGAAGAGCUUCACAACGUCAGGGACUCUGACAAUUCAUCAGAGAGUACACACUGGAGAGAAGCCUUACUCCUGCUCUGGCUGUGAGAAGAGGUUCUCUCAACAUAUCCACUUACAAAAACACAAACGUCUACAUACAGGAGAGAAGCCUUACUGCUGCUCUGACUGUGGGAAGAGUUUCUCUCAACAGAACCACUUCAAAUCUCACCAGCGAAUACAUACAGGAGAGAAGCCUUACUCCUGCUCUGAUUGUGGGAAGAGUUUCAUCCGAUUGGAAAUAUUAAAAUGCCACCAGCGAAUACAUACAGGAGAGAAGCCUUACUGCUGCUCUGACUGUGGGAAGAGUUUCUCACAACUGGGCAACUUAAAAACACACCAAUUUAUACAUAAAGGAGAGAAGCCUUACUCCUGCUCUGACUGCGGGAAGUGCUUCACAACAUCAACUGAUGUAAAAGUUCAUAAAAGAGCACACACAGGAGAGAAGCCUUACUACUGYUCUGACUGUGGUAAGAGUUUUGCCAGAUUGUAUACCUUAAAAACACAUCAAUGUAUACAUAAAGGAGAUAAGYCUCAUCAGUUCUCUCAGACCAACUAAGAUUAAAGUCAUUACAUCACUUCUGCUUCCCUCUGCAGUUUUCUGUGGGAAUGAGAUAUAACAUGUAUCAUAUAGAGAUUAUGUGAUGAUCAGUUUUCUGUGGGAAUGAGUUAGUAGACAACAUGUAUCAUAUAGAGGUGGUGUGAUGAUCAGUUUUCUGUGGGAAUGAGUUAGUAGACAACA